AAACGUCAGUCCGUUGCAAGUCAAAGAAGAAGAAAGUCGCCAUGACUAACAUUAAAGUAGAGGAAAAGACCUCAAAAUCGGGUUGUAUUUCAGCUCUAGAAGCUCCGACAAUGUCUGGAAAUGACGGCGCAGACAAAGCUGAGUCUGGGUUCACGCAGGACUUGAAAAGCGUUCUUGUUACCAGCGUUUUAAACCUGGAAGAGCUCGACAUCGACCUGUACAGGGGAAGACAUCACUGGGUGCCCCGCACUCAGAGGCUCUUUGGAGGCCAAAUCAUUGGUCAGGCUCUGGUGGCGGCAGCCAAGUCUGUUGGCGAGAACCUAUACGCUCACUCCCUGCACUGCUACUUCGUACGAGCAGGGGACCCAAAGGUUCCAGUGCUGUACCAGGUGGACCGCACCAGAGAUGGCCGCAGCUUCACUGUUCGCUCUGUGAAGGCCAUCCAGCACGGCCAGCCUAUACUGAUCUGCCAGGCGUCCUUCCAGGUGCUGCAGCCCAGCCCUCUGCAGCAUCAGUUCAGCAUGCCCGUAGUUCCUCAGCCAGAGGAGCUGCCCACUGUGGAGGAAAUUAUCCACCAAUAUCUCAGUAAACCAGACCUGACGGAAAGUGCAAAGGUCGGUCUGAAUAAAAUUCUGGCGUCCGAGGUCCCCAUUGAGAUCAAACCUGUCAACCCGGCACUCUUCUACAGAAUUUCUCCGGGAGAGCCGAGACGUUAUUUUUGGGGACGUGCUCGGGGUUAUAUUGGUGAAGGUAACAUGAAGCUGCACUGCUGCGUGGCUGCAUACGUGUCUGACUUUGCUCUGCUGGGCACGGCUCUGCUGCCGUACUCUAAGUACAAGGCCAGGUUCACUGCCUCCCUGGAUCACGCCAUGUGGUUCCACAGCACCUUCCGCAGCGAUGAGUGGAUGCUGUACGAGUGUGAAAGUCCAUGGGCAGGGAGCAGUAGAGGACUGGUUCAAGGUCGACUGUGGAGACGAGACGGUGUGCUGGCUGCCUCCUGCGCCCAGGAAGGAGUCCUGAGAGUCAAACCAGUUACACAGACCAGCAAACUAUAGGCCAUUACGCCUAAUGCAUUUUCAUGCAGAUUCAUGUUGAUAUAAAUAAUAUCAUUGUUAUUAUGGAGAGCCUUGAUUAAGACAUUUAUUUAAUUGUAAAAAAAAAGAUUGCACUUUACAUAACCUUAAAUGUUGACAUCAAAAAUAUUCAACAUUCAAUUAAUUUUAUUUAUAUAGCCCAAUAUUUACAACAAUAGUUGUCUCAAUGGGCUUCAUACUGGUAAUUGUGUAAUAAACCUGAAUCAUAAAGAACAUAGAAUUCAAUAGCUGAUUGCUAAAUUAAACUAAACAGACUAAACUAAACUGUGCAAGGAUUUUCACUUUUAGACUGGUGAAAGUGAAUAAAAGACUUCCAGGACAUAAUGAUGCCCCUAAAAGCUGAGAAAUUGAAGCAAUAAAGCAAACCCAAAUGAUGGCAACAUUUUGAGAAAUGUAUAAAAAUACUCUGUCUGUGUGUGGGGGUGGUGGGGUGAAAAGUUGAGGCAACUCUGAUUUGAAUGGAAUCUAAAUGAAGUGUGGUCAAAUUUAAGACUGGAAUUUACUUUCAUCUUUUUCAUCUAUUAGUGAGACUUUUGUUUUUUAAUUGUUGAAAAACUGACCUUUUUGUUUCUGUGAUUGUGAAUCUGUUUUAAUACAAUUAAUGCAAACAUUGCUACUGAGACAAUUUUGUAAAGUCUGCUUGAUACUAAAUUUUAGUUGCUUAAAAAAGGUUUUUAAAAUGAAGUUUUAUAAAAUAAAAGCACUGAUGAAACCGUU